GCUCGCUCGAUGACUUUCUUGAACACGCGACUGAAUGGAGAGUAGUGGGCUGGAGGAGGAGAGGGCGAAAGUGCUAAUGUUACUUGCUAUUUGUUGAUCAUCUGGAAACCGUUUUAUCAGACAAAACAAGUAGAUUGGACGUUUUCUUUACAGUUAUCAGCUUGCCCAUUCCUCUGAUGGGAUUAAUUUGCCAGUAUGGGAUUUGUUAUGAAACAUGCUGCGGAAGCUUUAGUGUGUAAAUGGUGAGGUAGUCAGAUUAAGUUAGCUAGCUUGCUAACUUGCUAGCUAAGUAACUUGCGGCGACGUUUAAUGUCAGCUCUGGUAAAUGCUAGCUAGCCAGCCAGCCAUCAAAAUCGUCCGUUCGUGUGUUUUGUAAUAAUCUGACUUCACGCGUUGACAAGGCACAAUGAAGACAGAUGUGAAAAGCGUGACCCUGGGGGUAGAGGGCAUGACGUGUGGGUCCUGUGUCCAGUCCAUUGAGCAGCAAAUCGGGGGCCUUCCUGGAGUAAUCCACAUUCGGGUAUCACUAGAACUAAAGAAUGCCACAGUAGUUUUUGACCAUGCAUCUCAGAGCCCCGAGUCCCUAGCAGAAGCUAUCGACGACAUGGGUUUCGAGUGCAUUCUAGCGGCUGAUGCCGAAGUAACGCCUGUUGCCACGGAGACACAAAUGUUCCCAAUCACGGGCGUCCCUGCGGACUCGCUUCAGGAGGCGCUGGCGGCGCUGUCCCAGCUCCAGGGUGUGCUGUGCGCCGUGGAGGCCGGCGAAGAUCUGGGGAUCUCGGUCACGUACGUGUCCUCCCUCACGGGCACGGAGCAGCUCGGAGGGGUGUUGAGUAAGCUGGCAUCGCCAGCGAUGGCCACCGCACCCAGUCCAGACUCCGCAACGUCCCCCCUGUCCCCCCUCAGCCCCCCUCCGGACAGUCCGGCGGCACGCUCCUCCGGAGCGGAGCUGGUGAGGAUGCGUGUGGAGGGGAUGGUGUGUCUCUCCUGCACCACCACCAUCGAAGGGAAGAUCGGCAAACUCAAUGGCGUCGAGAAGAUCAAAGUGUCUUUGGAGUCCCAAGAGGCCACAAUACUGUACCUGCCAUACCUUAUCACAGUGGAUGAGAUCAUCAGCCAGAUAGCCGUAGCUGGCUUCAAGGCCUUUGUCAAGUCAAAGCCUCGGCCAUUGCAGCUGUCUGCUACUGAAAUGGAGCGCUUGGUGAGUGCCACCGUGCCUGAGGGGGGCGCUGUGGCCCAGCCUGCAAAGGUCACCAGCCUGCUGAGGGUCACGGGCAUGCACUGCCAGUCCUGUGUGACCAACAUCCAGGACAACAUCGGCAAGCUGCUUGGCGUCACCUCAGUGGUGGUUUCCCUGGAGACGGAACAGGCCACCAUCCAGCAUGACCCCAGAGCGGUUACUGUGGCAACGCUACAGCGGGCCAUCGAGGCCCUUCCGCCCGGCAAGUUCCGAACUCAAACGGUCAACGGAGACCCGAGGCCGACCCCCACCGGCUCAGCGUCCGCCUCCCCUCUGCCCCCUGCCCCACUGUGCCCACCGGACGCCAGCCUCCGCCAGCCCCAGCACCCGCUCUCUUCCCCAGACGCCAGCUUCCUCCAGCCCCUGGUGUCCGUGGCGGAGAUCCACAUCGAGGGCAUGACCUGCAACUCCUGCGUUCAGAGCAUCGAGGGCAUGAUCUCACAGAAGAAAGGGGUGAGGUCGGCCAAGGUGUCGCUGGCCGAACACCAGGGCACCUUUGAGUAUGACCCGCUGGUGACCUCGCCGGAGGAGAUAAGGGAAGCCAUAGAGGACAUGGGCUUUGAUGCCUUCUUGCCAGAGACCAAUUCCCUGGUGCCCAGGCCCGCCAGCUCCAGCAGCCCUCCGUCCCUGCGCAGCCAGGCCCUGUCUCCAUCCUCCGGCAGCGGGAAAGACAGGGACACGGAGGAGGACUCGGAACUAGGGCCGGCCAACGGAACCGCCCAGACAUACUCCAAAUGCUUCAUCCAGGUCGGGGGAAUGACCUGUGCGUCCUGCGUGGCCAACAUCGAAAGGAACCUCAAAAAUGAGCACGGAGUGCAUUCCGUGCUGGUGGCUCUGAUGGCCAGCAAAGCAGAGGUUCGCUUCAACCCCAGCAUCAUAGACCCGCUGAAGAUAGCCGAGUGCAUCAGGGAGCUGGGCUUCACCGCCUCGGUGAUGGAGAACUACGACGGCUCGGAUGGCUCGCUGGAGCUGGUGGUGCGAGGCAUGACGUGUGCCUCCUGUGUGCACAAGAUUGAGUCCAACCUCAUGAAACAGAAGGGCGUCGUUUACGCCUCCGUUGCCCUGGCAACCAACAAAGCCCACAUCAAGUAUGACCCGGAGGUAACAGGACCCCGUGAUGUCAUCAGGCUGAUUGAGAAUUUGGGCUUUGAAGCAUCACUAGUGAAGAGGGAUCGCUCGGCUAAUCACCUGGAUCACAGUCGGGAGAUACAGCAGUGGAGGAGGUCGUUCCUGGUGAGCCUGGUGUUCUGCGUGCCCGUUAUGGGCAUGAUGAUCUACAUGAUUGUGGCGGACCAACAGAUCAGCUCGGCGCACCACCACAACGCCACGCCCGAAGAGCGGCAACACGCGCACCAGAACAUGUACCUGGAGCAUCAACUGAUGCCUGGCCUGUCCAUCAUGAACCUGCUCUCCUUCCUCUUCUGUGUGCCCGUGCAGUUCAUCGGUGGCCGCUACUUCUACAUCCAGGCCUACAAAGCCCUAAAGCAUAGGACAGCCAACAUGGAUGUUCUCAUCGUCCUGGCAACCUCCAUAGCCUUCACCUACUCUCUGGUCAUCCUGCUGGUUGCCAUGGGAGAGAGGGCACCAGUCAACCCCAUCACUUUCUUCGACACGCCCCCUAUGCUGUUUGUCUUUAUUUCUCUCGGCAGGUGGUUAGAACAGAUUGCCAAGAGUAAGACCUCGGAGGCCCUGUCCAAGCUGAUGUCGCUGCAGGCCACAGAGGCUACUGUAGUGAGUCUGAAUGCCGACAUGUCAGUGAUCAGUGAGGAGCAGGUGGACGUGGAGCUGGUCCAGAGAGGGGACGUGGUGAAGGUGGUGCCUGGGGGGAAGUUCCCGGUGGAUGGGCGUGUCAUCGAAGGCCACUCCAUGGCUGAUGAAUCACUCAUCACAGGGGAGGCCAUGCCUGUGACUAAAAAACCUGGCAGCACGGUGAUCGCCGGCUCCAUCAACCAGAACGGCUGUCUGCUGGUCCAAGCCACCCACGUGGGCUCGGACACCACGCUCUCCCAGAUAGUCAAGCUGGUGGAGGAGGCGCAGACUUCCAAGGCUCCCAUUCAGCAGUUUGCCGAUAAGAUCAGCGGCUAUUUUGUCCCUUUCAUAGUGGGCGUCUCUCUCCUCACCCUGAUCGCCUGGAUCCUGAUUGGGUUUGUGAACUUCCCUCUGGUGGAGAAGUACUUCCCUGGCUACAACAAGAGCAUCUCCAAGGCAGAAGUGGUGGUGCGCUUCGCCUUCCAGGCCUCCAUCACGGUGCUGUGCAUCGCGUGCCCCUGCUCUCUGGGGUUGGCAACCCCGACUGCAGUCAUGGUGGGCACAGGGGUGGGCGCGCAGAACGGCAUCCUCAUCAAGGGCGGCGAGCCGCUGGAGAUGGCACACAGGAUCCAGUCAGUGGUGUUUGAUAAGACGGGCACCAUCACCUACGGUGCACCCAAGGUGGUCCAGGUGCGUAUGGUUGUGGAGGGGAACCGGGUGCCACGCUCCCGCCUGCUGGCCAUCGUGGGAACUGCGGAGAACCACAGCGAGCAUCCACUGGGCGCAGCCAUCACGCGCUACUGCAAACAGGAGCUGGGCACAGAGUCGCUGGGCACCUGCACGGACUUCCAGUCGGUGCCGGGCUGCGGCAUCCGCUGCCAGGUGAGCAACACGGAGGGCCUGCUGCGGCGCGAGGACAGCGAUGGCGACAGCGAAGAGAACCAGCGCAACGCCGUGCUGGUGCAGAUCAGCGACACGCGCGGCCGAGGGGUGGACAGCUCACACCCUCUCAUCAUGGACCCGCAGCCACUCACACUGGUGCAGUCGGCCUCCUACUCGGUUCUGCUGGGGAACCGGGAGUGGAUGCGUCGGAACGCGCUACAGCUGCGGUCAGACGUAGAUGAAGCCAUGACGGAACAUGAGAGGCGCGGAUGCACUGUUGUGCUGGUUGCUGUCGAUGGCGUUCUCUGCGCCAUGGUGGCCAUCGCCGACACGGUGAAGCCGGAGGCGGAGCUGGCAGUGCACACGCUGACCAGCAUGGGGUUGGAGGUGGUGCUGAUGACCGGAGACAACAGCAGGACGGCGCGUGCCAUCGCUGCACAGGUGGGCAUCAGGAAGGUGUUUGCGGAGGUGCUGCCCUCCCACAAGGUGGCUAAGGUGGAGCAGCUGCAACAGGCGGGCAAGCGAGUGGCCAUGGUAGGCGACGGCGUCAACGACUCCCCGGCCCUGGCCAUGGCAGACGUGGGCAUCGCCAUAGGAACGGGCACUGACGUGGCCAUAGAGGCGGCAGACGUGGUGCUCAUUAGGAAUGACCUCCUUGAUGUAGUGGCGAGCAUAGAUCUGUCGAAGAAGACGGUGAAGAGGAUCCGUAUCAACUUUGUCUUUGCCCUCAUAUACAAUCUGGUUGGAAUUCCCAUUGCUGCUGGCGUGUUCAUGCCCAUCGGGCUGGUCCUGCAGCCCUGGAUGGGCUCGGCUGCCAUGGCUGCCUCCUCCGUCUCCGUGGUGCUCUCCUCCCUCCUGCUCAAAUGUUACACUAAGCCGAGUGCCGAGAAGCUGGAGCAGCAGGUGGGCGGCCAGCGGCGGUCAGGCAGCCUGUCGGACGUGAGCGUGCACAUCGGCAUGGGGGAGCUGCGCAGGCCCUCGCCCAAGCUCAGCCUCCUGGACCGCAUCGUCAACUACAGCCGCGCCUCCAUCAACUCGCUGCGCUCCGACAAGCACUCGCUCAACAGCAUGGCACUGGCCGAGCCCGACAAGCACUCCCUGCUGGUGGGAGACAUGAACUGCGAGGAGAUGGUGUGAGGAGCCGGAGGAAGAGUGAGGGAGUGUGUGUAAAGACUUGGCAAAGAGAGGUGGGGAAGGCAAGGAGAUAAAUGUACAACCCUGAGUCCUGUAAAGUAGCAUGAGGGUUGGAACUUGAGCUCUGGAAUUCACCUCUCUCUCUCCCUCCCUCUCUCUCUCUCUCUUUUGAGCCACUGCAGUGCCUAAGCUGGGGGUGUUUGUUAACACGCAUAGCUUAUUGAAAUUGUGUUUCUCUCUCUGUUUGUUUGUUUGCCUCGCACUAUCACUGCAGACACACUAGUGUGUGUCCCAACUUCAGGCAGGAUUUUGAAAGUGUCGCUCCAAUGAGUGUCUGUUUUCCAAGUACAGUUAUAUACCAGAAAAUACAAGACAAUGGGAGACUGAGAAAAGAUACUUGAAAAUAAGAUAUGACAAAUCAGAGUUGCAAACUAUCUUUUCUUUGCAGAGGAGCAUACCAGAUCUGAAUGAUCUGUCCAAAGACCAAUUUAAACAAUGUCUUUGCAGGAAUUAAAGAAAAAAAAUGUGGUCAGAGGAUUUUAUUAGUUUCCCCUAAAAAGGAAAUGUGACUUACAUUUAUAAUAUUGUGUAUUAUGAUUUUAAUACAAAGAAUAUUUAUACAGCCUAAUUUUAAAUGUUACUAUGUCACAAUCUUUAUAUAUUUUUUUCAUGUGACACUAAGGAAUGUAGAAAUGCACCAUCAUUAUUUAUCUUUUUUCCAAAUGAAUUCUGACCGCUCUGCGGUGCUGCAAAAGAAGCCUUACUUUAGAAAUGUCAAAAGUUCCAUGCAGAAUUCCUGUGUCGUCACAAUGGCUUCAGUACCAGUCACAGACUCCCCUGGUUCAGUUGGGGAAAGAAAAGAAAAAACACAUUCCAAAGAUUCCAAAGCAGUUUGGCCUCCAGGCUCUAAAAACCGAACCUCAUUCUUGGAGACUGGUCGAGAUAGACACGUUAGAGAUUCCAGGUCCAUAGUUGACCCAGUCUCACUCCAGACCUGACCAGACAGAUUAUCCGAAAGAGCGAGAGUAUCUGUCCAAGAACAGAUUAUAUCCUGUACUGUAUACACAGUGUUUGUCAUGUAGCUUUCAUGUCUGUGCCACCUGGUGUGAAGUUCAAUAAGUGAAUGUGAACAUGUUUUGCUGUGAAUCAAAGAACAACAUUGAAAAGGUGAUAAUGGAUGUGUUUUUUUUUCUCAGCUUAGUGCUUGUAAACGAUACGUCCUAAAAUCUCAAGUGCUUAAGAAUUACCGAUGCUGUUUGCUGCCUGAAAGUUUACGUGACUUUCUCUCUGAAGUCUUUGUGUCUCAAUGUUGUCUAGGCAUCUCUAUAUUUGUUUUCUUGAUUUUGCCAAAAUUUAAAAGUUGAUUACCACUAAAGUGACAUUUAUUAGGUACAUACCCAGUAAUAUUCCCAUCAAAUCAUGGCAUAAUCAAAAACACCAACCUAAUCUGAAUUUGUACAACCAAACUUGUUACUGGACACACACACACACACACACACAAACACACAAACACAAACACUCACACUCACUCGUGCCACUAGCGUAAUCAAUUUCCCUGGCCCUGGUAAGGAGCUUAGCACUUUCCUCAGGGGUAAAGAGGCCUUAAAACAUUGUGCACAUUUCACUACACUGCACUUCGCAGUCUUCUGCCUAUCUGUCUGACGCUCAGAUAUACUCUAAGGAAUCCACACAUUUUGUGCUGCUUGUCACAAACACCACAGAGAUGAUGAAGGAACACUUUAAAUUAAAGAUGUAUAAUCGUUGCAUUUAUUUUGUAUUACUCCAGUCCACUUCCAUGUAGUGUUAAGUGUGCAAAGAAGCUUUGGGUCAGUUCAGAACACCUUUUUUUUGUGCUGCACUUUGUAUUAUGUACUUCACAUGAUGUGGUAUUUAUUGCUAGUCUUGCCGUGUUGAUUGAGGAAAGUGUAGUUGGAGAGUAUUUGGACAGGUUCUACACAGUGUUUAGUUGUCUCAGUUAAACAGUGCAUACUCUGCAGUCCUUUAGUUACUUCUGUUGUAAAUAUGUACAUUAUGCCUUUGGAAUAAAUAAACUUCCUUUGGCAUUGA